UGGGGUUAGUCUUCUAUGAGGUGAAUGUGAUACACCAAACUUCAUUCAUAUUUAGAGCUCUACUGUGUCAAUUUGUCAAACACAAUACCUGCAAAGGAGAGAACAAGACACUAAUAAUGUGUUUGAAUUAGAUUUAUAAUAGAGAACAUUUUCAUGAUAAAAACAAAAUUAUAUUUUUUUUCUCACGGUGUUAUCAUGAUUUUGUGAAAUAAAAUUAAUUAUUAUGUGUUAUUCAAAACACUAUAAUAUGAAUUAAUCUGGUUUGACUAUUCAUUGGUGUCUGUGAUCGGAUGAACAGAACAUCCCUGUUUGUCAACCAGCACUUUCCCGUGCAUUCCAAACUCUAAAACGACACAGAUCCAAAUCUUUCUUCUCUCUCUUUUUUUUUUUGUCGUUUUCGAACCAUCGGAGCUGAGCUUUUAAGUUUACUAUGGGAGUGCCAGCGUUUUACCGGUGGCUCGCCGACCGGUACCCGCUCUCCAUCGCCGAUGUCGUCGAGGAAGACCCCGCCGUCGGCGACGACGGCGUUCCGUUUCCAAUCGACGCGUCUAAACCUAAUCCCAACGGCAUGGAGUUCGACAACUUGUACUUGGACAUGAACGGCAUCAUUCACCCUUGUUUUCACCCUGACGGCAAGCCGGCACCUGCUACCUACGAUGAUGUGUUCAAAUCAAUAUUUGAUUACAUUGACCAUCUCUAUACGUUGGUUCGUCCAAGGAAGCUUCUCUACCUUGCAAUUGAUGGUGUUGCACCAAGAGCCAAAAUGAAUCAGCAGCGUUCUCGGCGCUUCCGAGCUGCAAAGGAUGCAGCUGAGGCUGAAGCUGAAGAGGAAAGGCUGAGGAAAGAAUUUCAGAGUGAGGGAAAAGUUUUGUCUUCUAAAGACAAGCCUGAGACUUCAGACUCAAAUGUCAUUACCCCUGGAACUCAAUUUAUGGUAGCACUGUCAGUAUCUCUCCAGUAUUAUAUACAGACUAGAUUGAACCACAACCCUAGCUGGCGGAAUACCAAGGUUAUACUGUCUGAUUCAAAUGCACCUGGUGAAGGAGAACAUAAAAUAAUGGAAUACAUCCGGUUACAACGCAACCUUCCUGGUUUCAAUCCAAAUACUCGUCAUUGUUUGUAUGGGUUGGAUGCUGAUUUGAUUAUGCUCUCCUUAGCUACACAUGAGGUUCACUUCUCAAUAUUGAGGGAGGUAGUUACUUUACCUGGUCAACAGGAUAAGUGUUUUUUGUGCGGCCAAGCUGGCCAUUUUGCAGCUGAUUGUCAAGCUGAGGAUUUUGAUUCUCCUGAUGAUAGCCCAAUUCACAAGAAGAAAUAUCAGUUUCUUAACAUCUGGGUGCUGUGUGAAUAUUUGCAAUUUGAAUUGGAGAUACCCAACCCUCCUUUUGAGAUUGACUUUGAACGAGUAGUGGACGAUUUUGUAUUUCUAUGCUUCUUUGUUGGCAAUGAUUUUCUUCCGCAUAUGCCAACAUUAGAGAUCAGGGAGGGGGCUAUAAAUUUAUUGAUGCAUAUAUAUAGAAAGGAAUUUACUGCCAUAGGUGGUUAUCUUACUGAUGCGGGCGAGGUUUUCUUAGAUAGAGUGCAACGAUUUAUCCAGUUUGUUACUGUUCACGAAGAUCAAAUCUUUCAGAAACGAGUUCGCAUUCAGCUGGCUGCCGAAAAUAAUGAAGAGAUGAGAGCUAGGGCAAGAGGAGAAAUGCCUGGAGAACCACGAGCCUCGCUUUUGGAUAAGGUUAAAUUAGGGGAGCCUGGAUACAAGGAAAGAUAUUAUGUUGAAAAGUUUGGUGUAUCAAAUCUCGAGGAGAUUGAUAAAAUUAAGAAAGAUAUUGUCUUGAAAUAUGUGGAAGGCCUUUGUUGGGUUUGCCGGUAUUAUUACCAGGGUGUUUGCUCAUGGAAAUGGUACUACCCAUAUCAUUAUGCUCCAUUUGCUUCUGAUUUUAAAGAUCUACCUGAUCUGGAAAUAAAUUUCUUCCCAGGAGAGCCAUUUAAACCAUUUGAUCAGCUCAUGGGCACCCUACCUGCUUCAAGGUUUCUUCAUUCUCUUAUGGUUAGACUUAUUGAUCUGGAAAAUAAAUUUCUCUCAUGCUCUCUGUUCAACUUAUUUAUUUCUUGUUACAGUUCAAGUGCACUGCCUAAGAAAUAUAGGGAUUUGAUGAGUGAUCCUUCAUCACCUAUUUUUCACUUCUACCCUGCUGAUUUUGAGAUUGAUAUGAAUGGAAAACGAUUUGCAUGGCAGGGUGUUGCCAAGCUGCCAUUUAUUGAUGAGAAGAAAUUGCUUGCUGCCACAAGAAGGAUUGAAGAUACAUUAACGGAGGAAGAACAACUUCGGAAUAGUGUGAUGCUUGAUUUGCUAUAUGUCAAUCGUGCACAUAAUUUGGCUGCACAUAUCUUAUCAUAUUACCAUGUUUGUAGUCAAUUACCCCCACAUGAAAGAUGUGUUCAGCCAAUUGACACAAAUGCUAGCAGUGGCGGGAUGAACGGAUAUCUUUGGUUAUGUGAAAGAAAUGUUUUCAGCUCUGUUGUAUCUUCUCCCAUCAGUGGAUUGCAAGACAUUGAAUAUAACCAAGUCUUAAAUAUUACAUUUCUUAACCCUCGUAGACACGAUCAUAUCCCAAAACCUCCAGAUGGUGUAGUAAUACCCAAAAAGGUAUUAAAAGCCAUUGAUAUUAAACCUUUUCCUGUGCUAUGGCAUGAGGACAAUAUUGGUCAAAGACAGCAAGCAAGAGAAAGGCUACAAGUACCCGGAGCAAUAGCUGGAUCUCAACUGGGAGAAGCAGCUCAUCGACUUGUCAAAAAUACCCUCAACAUUAAAUCAAAUAAUACCUCCCAUGGAUUGCUGGAGCAACCUCCUGUCCAUCAUACAAUGAACAGGCAUCGAUCAGCUGGAUAUGGAAAAUAUUACGGUGAGAAUAUAAGUGGUUAUUAUGGACAAUAUAAUCACCAUGGCAUCACUAGACCUAAAUAUGGUGGACAGAAUGACAGACAGAAUUUGAAGAUACAAGAUAGGUUACAUAAUCAAGAACAGUUUCACAAUACGAAAAGUGAGUUUGUUGCGUUAACAAUGGAGGAAGGAGAGAGGCCUAGGUCAUCGAGGCUUCCAAAUUCCAGACCAGUUACCAAUUUACAACCCCGGUUUAUGCAGAACAUGGAUCCUUCAAUACCACCUCCAAAGUGGAUGACUAGAACACCACCUAUGAAUGGCAUGCAUACUAGGCAUCAAGAAGCUGCAUUGGGGCCAGCAACUCAUGAUAAGCAAACCAAGAAGGUUUACCAAGUUAAAACACGACAGCCAGAUACACCAGAAUAUGGGAAGCAAUAGUGGUUGUUAUGGAAUUUAUCUGCCUUGUGUUUGAGGUGCCUAUUCUUUUCUCUGCCCGCUCCUCAAAUUGCAGCUAUGCUCUCUUUGUGGUCAUCCUUGUCAAGUAAUUGAUUGUAGAGGUGCAUGAAUUUGAUUGCAAUUCGAUACUCUAAUGCCAUUGGCAGAUCAAUGCUGUUUAAAGUUUUCUUUGAUUCUAAUGUGAAGUAAAGAUCUCGCUUCGCAGUGUCUUGAAUAGACAUGAUACCACAUUGAUAGUUGGCCAGACUUUGGAAAGGUGGUAGAACUAGCCACAUAUUUGCGGUUUUAAACAAAUACUCAUGGAACUGGUUGCGAGUUAAACAAAAUUUACGGGCUAGGAAUCAGCACAAGUGUUGUUUUAUUCCAUUCCAUGGUAUGGAACUAUGUUAUUGUUUUGUGUAUGUAAAAUCCUGUAUGGCUUACUAGCUCUGCAUAACAAUUAACCUGUAUGUACACACCUGAUGUGAAUAGAAUUUAAUUUGUUUGAUGGGAAAUGUAGGAUAUUUAUCUGGGAUUGUCAUGCCCAGCAUCUGUGACUGUAUGUUGCACGGGAUAUAGAAACUAUUACAUGGAUCAAGCUGCCCUAGUGACUGACAAUUCCGCUCAGCUAUAUUUGAUGAAGGGUCCAAGGGGAGGGGGAUGAACUUUUAUUUAAAGCAUAUUUUCGACGUACCCAACGGAGUAUGCUUGCGGCCAAAGCAUUUAAAUUCUAACAUUCAGGAACGGUGAUGCUCUUGUUUUGGUGACUUCUUUGAUCUUGGGCCAGGCUACAUUGUGUCAAUCUGUCAGGGUUCACUAUCUUAAAAGUUAAGCAGCAUAGUACGGUUCAGUUCUAUUUUGGGCAACAUUAUGUUUCAUUAGUUUUUUAAUUUCUAUUAAUUAGCUUACAGUAUUUAUAGUUAAUAUAAGUUAUAAUGAUAACCAGAUAAAAUGCUAACAGCACA